AUCGGAGCCAAGUCAGACAAUUGGGCUGCUGAGGCCUCGCCAUUCCCGGUUCUACGUUUGGGCCUUAACGCCGUUCGUUUGGCCAACGCGCACCGAGUCUUUCGUUCGUUCGUUCGUUCGUUGUCGUCGUCGUCGUCGGUGGGUCUGGUCUAUACCUCACCUCGCUGGCCGCUCUCUUUUUUUGUACGUGUGUACGGAUACGUGUGCGCCUGUGUGCGCGAGUGUGUGUUAACAAAAUGUGAUUAGCAAAAAUACAAAGAAAUCAGGCAUAGUGGAACGCAGGGCAUUGUGGCUAAAACAACGGCAGCAGCGUUGGCGCACUCACACAUCAGGAGGUCCAAUAAAGAACAAAUAAUUCAAGAUAUACGCGAAUAUACAUAAUGUACAUAAUAUACGGACGAAAUAUACGAAAAUUUGCAUAAAAAGCAAUGCGCUGGCGCUGCAACAAAGCACGGCCUUAAAAAAUAAGUAACACUAACGGCAAUACCAAGUUUUUUGCUUUAUCGGCAACACCAGCACCAGCACCAGCAACAACACCAGCAACAACAACGGCAACAGCAGCAACAAUUAUAUUAUUAUUGAACUACACCCAAAGCGAGAGGCAACGGCAACAAAUACAACCACGGAUCUGCGGCUGUGCGGCUGACUUGGCCAACAGCAACAGCAACAUUUUCUACCUUUUCAACCAGCCACAAAGAGAGCCAAGCGAGAGAUAGAAAGAGAGAGAGAGAGGGAGAGGGAGAGCUACUUCGACCAGUUCCAGCAGUUGUUGCACCACCACUGAUAUGGCCAGCUGUCUGCCAGCCUCAGAUGCAAUUCGCAGCUGCCACAGAUGAGGCACCGCUGGCCACGAAGGCCACUGACUGACCGCCAGCCGCCAUUCCCGGGAGCCUCCACCUCCAGCUGAGCUCCAGCGAACCCCGCGAGAUGCACGACCUGUUCACGAAAGUGCUCGCCAAGCGCGACCUGUCCCGGGCCGGGGAUCUCUUCUCCGUGCCCGAUGCGGACAUUGUGGAUGACAUAACGGAGGUGCUUUCGGAGAUCAGCCCGAUCAUCUCCCAUGCGGACUACGUGAAGAACAACAACGACCAGAGCGUGGUGGAGAUCUGCGUGACGCGGGUGCUCUCCUGCAUCCGGGAGACCCGCAGUGCGGAGCGCUACUGUGCCGCCCUGGUCGACCUGCUGAAGACCUGCCUGCUCUGGAACCUGCAGCCCUCCAGCGCCACAAAGGAGGAGCCGCCGCACGCCAAGAUCGCCGCUGACAUUAUCUCUAGCAUAUUUCUAAACUACGAUAAGAAAGAACUGAUGAAAAUUGCGCUGCCCAUUGCCGUACAGUUCCUGCCGAAGGGCAACAAGGAGCUGUCGCGCAACCUGGCCAGCUACCUGUCGCUGGCGGCCAUCGACCACGCCAUCCUGUUGAGUCCCCAUACAGAGUCCGUGAUGGAGUCCAUCCUCUCCGGCAACUACGGACUGCUGCGCGUCCUCUCGCAGGUGUACGAGGUCACCCCCGAGGCGGUGACGCCACACGCUCCGCUGCUCAUGCCGCUGCUGCCCCAGUGCGACCCCCAGGAGCGUAUGGCCGUCUUCCAGCUCUACCUUCUGAUCGUGCAGAAGUCGCCCGAGGUGCUAGAGGAGUGCGUGCCCCAGCUGUGCGGCUUUCUGCUCGACAACGACACCUCCAGCAUCACCAUGCAGAUCCUCCUCAAGCUGGCGCAGCACGCUCCCCACCUGCUCGUCGACCACUUCGAGCAGCUUCGUCUGGCGGCCAAGACCAAUCCCAGCACGGCCACGUUGUGCGCCCAGAUCCUAACCACCGCGGGCAUCGGCAGCAAGGUGACGGCCCAGCAGGCGCUCGACUUCGUGCUGCAGCACCUGCCCACCCAGGCGCUGCUGCAGCAGGAGGCCACGCGGCUGUGCUCGGCAUAUCCCGUGCUCUUCACGGACAAGGUGCUGGCCUGCGUGCGGCAGAAGAAUGCGGCGCUUAGCUCCCAGCAGGAUGUGGGCAGUGUCCCGGCCAACAAGACCUCCGGCGGCGUCACUAUCGUCAGCCUGAACAGCACCAGCUCCAGCCCCAGUCCCCCCCUGAAGCCAGCUCCCGUUGCAGCACCGAUCAUCCAACAGGCGGCCACCACCAGCAGCAGCAGCAGCAGCACCGUUAAUGCCACGCCCAGUGCGGCUCCGACCUCAGCGCCCAUCGCCACAUCCACGCCGACGCCAACGCCGCAGCACGCGGGCUAUACGCGACGCGUAAAACUGGGUGACUCCAGGAGCACGGGACGUCUGCAUCCAGCCAGCAACACCCACAGGAGCGUGACGCGGCUGAAUGUGGCCAGCGGCUCCGUCGGAGGCCUCCACAAGAGCAUGACACGGCUGAGCAACUCGCAGAUUAACCAGCAGCCGGGAGGCAGCUCGAACGGGAACGUUGUGGUGCAGUCGGGGGCCACGCCCAAGACGCCGGCAACGUUCAGCAACCCGCCCGUGACGCCUGUGCCGCCGCUAAGCAACAACGUGGUCAUCACGGGCCACAACAAGCACGGGAUUCCCGUCACCUCUGGCGGAGUGACCGUCACCACGUCGCCCUCCAAGGUGCGGCCCCAUUCGCAGGGGCCCUCGACACUGCUCAACUCCAGCACGGUGCUGAUGAAGUACAGCACGGAUGCCCUGAAUCAGUCGGUGGGAUCGAUCUCCAUACCUCCAGCCUCGGCGGCUGCGGCUGCGGCUGCGGCUGCGGCCCCUUCACAGCAGCCGCAGAAUGCGGUGUCCGUGCACCAUGCCUCGCCAGCACUGCCCAGCGCAUCCUCCAGCAACGGCAACGCAAAGUCGGUGAUGAAGCUGCCCGUAAACGGGAAUAGCGAAGUCAUCGUCUCGGGACCCACCACCAAUGUGGCGCCGCGACGCAGCGACAACACCAGUCGGACCCUCCUCAAUGCCAACAGUGUGAUGGACCAAAGGAUGAGCACCUUCGAGCCGUACCAGAUAAUGCGCGAUCCCGUCCAGCAGUUCUGCGAGAAGAACUUCAAUUCGAUCAAGUCCUACAUGGACGAGGUCUCGCAGCACCUGCCUCCACCCACGCGCUGCAGCAUCGAGGUUUCCAAUGAAUUCGCAGAGCGACGAACGAAAAAGGUGGCCAAGCUGCAUUUCGCCUGCCAGAUACGCGGACCCCACUGCCUCUACUCGAAGACGUGCUUCACGAUGCGCACCCGCAACCCCAAGACCUGGAUACACAUGAUGUUCCUGGACUUUCAAGUGCGGCACUUUGUGAAGGAGAAGUGCGUGCUGAGCACACGCGAAUCCGGUAUCAGCAAUCUCAAGAACAUCUGGCAGAUACUCAAGUGCGAGAACCGAAGUUUCACGGAGCUGGUCACCAGCCAAUUUCCCCAGGUCAAGGACCGCGAGAUACUCGUGAAUGAACUGCGGCACUCGGGAUUUCUGGAUGUGUUUGAGGUCUCCAUCACCGACAAAUCCAAUCCGAAUUGCAACGAACUCGAGUACCAGUGGGGCUGCUUCCUGUGCAAUCAUCCGGACAAGGCGGUGGGCUUCCUUAAUGGCAGCAACCAGCCCAUGAUCGAGGGCCAGCUGAAGGAGAAGAAGGGCAAGUGGCGGCUGUUCAGGCGCUGGCGUACGCGCUACUUCACGCUCUCCGGUGCCCAUCUCUCCUGCAAGGGAUCGAGCGGGGGAGAGAGCAUCGAUGUGAACCAGAUCCGAUCGGUUAAGGUGUCGCGGGGGGCACGUAACAUACCCAAGGCGUUUGAGAUCUUCACCGCCGACCAGACCCUAAUACUCAAGCCGAAGGACGGCAAGAAUGCCGAGGAGUGGGUGCAGUGCCUCAGCAUCGUGGUGGCCCAUUCGCAGGCCCGCGACAACCCCACGGCAAAGACGAAUAGCUUGCCGGCCCGCAGCAUGGGCAGCAGCAAGCCCUCCUUCUAGGAUGCUAGAAGGCUAGGAUGAUAGGAUGCGGAGCACCCACAUUGUGAGAUUAUUUGUAAAUGUAAAGACAGAGCAACCACAACACACACAAAAGACAAAAGACAAGGGACAACGGCGCCCAGAGGACAGCUGUAUCCCCCUCCACGCACUAAAUACACCAUAUAUACAAUAUAUAUAUAUAUUACUCUAUAUAUACACAGCAUACAUAUACAUGUACUUAUUAUCCAUAGACUUAUCUAGCAAUUACUUACCGUUUCAAGGGAUUUCAAAAAUUUUGCGAAAUUGUUUUUUCAUUCAUAGUUGAUUUUUAUACAUAUGUAUUUAGUUUAUGCUUAUUUAUUGUACGUGUAUUAAACAAACAGCUUGCUUUCAAAGUCGGAUCGUGAGUUUCACCUUUCCACGCCCGAUGCUAAAGCAGAUUUAUCUACAUACAA